AUGAUGCUCUUCGGAUACGAUCAGGGUGUCUUCAGUGGUGUGGUAGUAACUCCCGACUUCUUGAAGGUUCACGGCCUAGUCGGCCCUACAAAAACCAAAGUCCUUUCAACGGUUGCUGCCAUUUACGACAUCGGUUGUUUCUUCGGAGCCAUACUUGCCUUUACAGUGGGUGGACGACUAGGUCGCAAACGUUCCAUCCUCCUGGGUACCGUCAUUAUGGCUGUUGGUACCGUUCUUCAAGCAUCGUCUUACAGCCUAGCUCAGAUGUUCAUCGGUCGGAUUGUCCUAGGUCUGGGCAAUGGAAUUAACACAGCAACGGCACCGAUUUGGCAAACGGAAACGGCACAGGCCAGAUGGAGAGGGAAACUGGUCAUCCUGGAUCUCGGGCUGAAUGUCGGCGGGUACUGUAUUGUCAACUGGAUAAAUUAUGGGCUUUCCUUCCACAAAGGGGGCAUCGCAUGGCGGUUGCCGAUCGCUCUACAGCUUUUUUUUAUUGCUGUAUUGCUCAUGACAAUCCCAUGGCUCCCCGAAUCCCCGAGGUGGCUCAUGGCACAAGCCCGCGAAGAGGAGGCGAUGGAGGUGCUUGCAUGUGUCGAGGCUAUAUCCCCUGAAGAUCCCCGUAUUAUGACCCAACGUGAUGAGAUCAAAUUCAGUAUCGCAUAUGAGUCUGACAACGCUGUCCCGUGGAGCCAUCUUCUGCGUGUAAAUGCAAGCGAUAAUACGAAGACCCUUCGUCGACUACUUCUUGGUGCCGGCACCCAAGCCAUGCAACAGUUCCAGGGCAUCAACAUUAUGAGUUACUACCUUCCGCUGGUCCUUAUGAACUCGGUCGGACUUUCGGACAAGAUGGCUCGGCUGUUGACGGCUUGCAAUGCGACCUCAUAUUUCAUCUUUUCAUGCGCGGCAGCCACAAUAGUGGAGCGAGUCGGCCGACGAGGCUUGAUGAUGCUAUCUUGCAUCGGCCAGUUCGCUUCCUUCCUAAUUAUUACAAUUUUGCUUUACUUGGCCGAGGGAGACACAGUUUACGCCACUGCUUCCGUUGCCUUCUUUUUCCUCUAUCACGUCGCUUUCGGAAUGGGCAUGUUGGGGGUCCCGUGGUUAUACCCGACUGAAAUCAACUCGCUUCCCAUGAGAACGAAGGGUGCGGCGGUUUCCACUGCGACUAACUGGAUCACUAACUUCGCCAUUGUCGAAAUUACGCCCAUUGGGAUCCAAAGUAUCGGAUGGAAAUUCUGGAUCGUGUGGACAAUCCUCAAUGCCGUCUUCCUGCCAAUUAUUUACUUCCUAUACCCAGAGACAGCGAACCGAACUCUGGAAGACAUGGAUGCGUACUACCGUUCCAACCCACCUCUAAUCGUUACCGGCGACGCAGAUGUCAUUUCGACCAAAAGACCGCUUCACUUCGUCUAUCAUGAAGACGAGGAGGUUCAGAAAAAUGCAAAGGAGGCUAUCUCUGGGGAUGCAGGGUAUGCGGAGCAUGUAAAUUAA